AUGUAAAACUAAAUGGAAAUUGAGAAAAAAUUCAGUUAAUGUGGUGAUUAUAACAUCCUUUAGACUCUUGGGUCUGGACUUCAUGCAAAGUACUUACCUUUUAUAUUAUUUAGAGUGAAAUUGGGAGAGCAUGACGGAAAGAAAGUGGCCAUUAAGAUUUUCAAGAGUAACCAUGGCACAGCUGCGAACAUCAAAACACUCACCAAUGAAAUCAACAUUCUCAAAUAGCUAAAUCAUCCCAAUUUAGUUAACCUUAUUGAAUUCAACAGUGCUCUUCAAUAUAGAGUAAUCAUUCAUUAAUAUUUAAAUAGAGAAAAAAUGGAUAAAAAGAACAACGUGUAUGCAUUAUAUUGGAAUUGGCUGAAGGAGGAGAACUAUUUGAGUACGUAGCCUCAUCUGGAAGAUUUUCUCCAGAAACUUCUAGAUUUUACUUUAAAUAAUUAUUGUCUGCAAUGAGUUACAUGGCAAGCAAGGACAUCUGCCAUAGAGAUUUGAAAUUGGAGAAUGUCUUGUUGGAUGAAAACUUCAAUCUCAAAGUUGCUGAUUUUGGAUUCGCCAAAGUCAUGGAGACAGCCAAGAUAAGGACAAUCCUUGGAACACCAGGUAUCAAUUAUAAUAUUAACAUUUAGGGUACAUGGCUCCAGAAAUACUUGCUAAAAAGGAUUACAAUGGAACCAAGGCAGACAUAUUUUCUGCUGGUGUUAUUUUCUUCAUUAUCCAUGCCGGAUCCCCACCCUUCUCAACAGCCUCUGAGAAGGAUCAAUAUUUCAAAUUGAUAUUACUCAAUAAAUGGGAGUAAUUUUGGACAUUCCAUUUAAAAUACAAGGGAGGAAACCCUGAAUUUUUCCCACAAGAAUUCAGGUAUUUAUAAAAGAAUUAUAAUUUUAUAGAAAUUUGAUGAUGGGAAUGUUGGCCCCAAAUCCAGAUCAAAGAUUCACUUUGGAAUAAUGUAUGUAACACCCUUGGGUAAAUGGACCUGUUGCCACUUUAGAAUAAAUUUAAAAUGAAUUCAGAAAGAGACAUGAAAGAGUUCAAGCUGAAAUCUAAGCUUCAAAGAUGAAAAAGCAAGCCUAAAAGAAUGCAGCCAAUAGUAUUUAAAUUUAAUUAUCUCAUAGAAGGACCAAUUGGAGUCUUUAGAUCUAUCAUUGGAGAAAGCGAAGAGGAGAACUUUGAUGAGAUAAUCAAUAAUUAUAAAUUGAAUUUUGAGAACAGAUUCAUGAUCAAAGGAAAGGAUCAAGGAUUACCAACUGACAUCAUUGUCUAUUAGGACCCAAAGUUUGUGUUCUGUUAUUUACUCAAAAAUUGUGAAGAGUUCAACUGCAAAGUGGACAAAAUCCAUGAGACCAAAUACAAAGUAUAGUCUUAAUUUGAUUGAUAGAUUAACUUUGCUGCUGAACAAGAUGAAAACUUAGCAUUUUCACUUGAGCUCUUAGAUUGUGAGGAUGAAAAGAUCAAAUUGAACUUGACCAAAUUGUCAGGAGGUUAUAUUUAAUUCAAAGAGAUCACAAACAGACUCAGAACUGCCCUCAACAAAAAUUAUGAUGGAUUCUUGUAACAGGAAGUUUAACAAGAUUGAAAAUAUGAAUCAAUUUA